AUGAACGACGACGACGACGACGACGACGGCAAUGACGACGACGACGACAAUAAUAACAACAACAACAACAAUUUGCAAAUGUUUGAAGAACGAGCACUUCUGAAAGAUUACAUGGAUAAAUCACUCGCUAUAAUUUUGAUCUCACAGAUCAUAGUAAGUGUCAGUGAUAAGGUGCGAAGGUAUGCUAAAACUGGCAUUUUCUAUCAUACUAUGGGACGUCGUACAAAAACCAAAGCAGCAAUGCACACGAUGAGCGCGGUUGGAAUGUUUUCAACUAUGGUUGAUCAGUUCAGUUUUGUUUGCAUUAUGACAAAAUGUCGUGAUGCAUGUACCGCAUGUGAGCAGUGCAACUAUGCCUUAGAUCAGCUAUCUAAAAUUACCUCUGGUAUUAAAACAAGUAAUGCUUUAGUAGAUAUUUAA